UCCUGUUACAGUGAACCAGCAGCCACUCUGCAGUUGUUGUCGUGUUUGGCUCGAAGGAGGUUUCGAGGUGGAAGCAAACACAGAAGGAGCGUCAAAAUAAUGGAGUUGGAAAUAUUGAAGUUCAUCUGCGCCAACCAAGGAGCAGUUAACACUGAGGAUUUGCUGUGUAAUCUUGGCUCAAGCGAUGAAACGAAUGAGAUCAUUCGUAACCGAGAGAAAUUUGCUUUGUGUUGUCCUUUCGGGCAGCCGAAGGUGGUGGCCAGGACCAGCCUGAAACUGUGCAGAGGGAAAGAAUGUCCGGGAGGAUGCGGGGGGCUUCACCUGUGUACAAAGUUCCUCUUAACUGGAUUAUGUCCCUUCACUCGGUUCGAGAAGGCAAAUACAGGAUGCAGAUUUUCCCAUGACCUGGACUCUUAUCACAAUGUGGGAUUGCUGAAAAAUCAUGGGCUGGAGAGCCUGAGUCGAACCGAGCUGUGCACACUGCUGAUGCAGACCGAUCCCUGGCUCAUGCCCCAAAUUUGUUAUAAUUACAACAAUGGUGACGGGGAGCUCGGCCUGUGUAAGGACAAUUGCACAAGAUUGCAUAUCUGCGAAAGGUACCUGAACUGCCAAUGCAGCUGCUCCAAGACUCAUGAUUUUAAUGCUCCACAGCCAUACAAAUGCCUGUCUAAGAAAGGCGUGCCUGAUGAAGUCAUUCCCUCUUUAAAGUCUGUUUAUGCAAACAUACGUGCUCUGAACUACGUUGACAGAACUAGCGAUGGGGGAAACCGUCAACAGGAGCAACUAAACACAUCCACCAGUGACCUCUUUGCUGCUGCCAGCAACACUGACGCGAGCAGUGAUGAUGGUCGGAAUUUGGGCCAAAUGCUGCGGCACAGAGGGAGAGGGACACCUGGUUUUCGGGGCAACAGAGGGAACUGGGACAACAGAGGGAACUGGGGCAAUAGAGGGAACUGGGACAACAGAGGGAACUGGGACAACAGAGGGAACUGGGGCAAUAGAGGGAACUGGGACAACAGAGGGAACUUGGGCAACAGAGGGAACUGGGGCAAUAGAGGGAACUGGGACAACAGAGGGAACAUGGGCAACAGAGGGAACUGGGGCAACAGAGGGAACUGGGGCAACAGAGGGAACAUGGGCAACCGAGGCAACAGAGGGAACAUGGGCAACCGAGGCAACAUGGGCAACAGGGGAAAUGGGGGCAACCAUCAACCGCAUCAAAACUGUUCCAUAGAUGAAAUCCUUGCUGACAUCGACACCUUAGAUCUGUACAGCGAAGACGGUCUGAACGAAGAGCCGCAUCAACAGCCGCAAUGUACCCGUUCCACUACUGACAUGCCUGGUGCUGACAACAGUGAUGAUGGAGCCGAAAGAAGACCAAGACCUGUCAGAGAUAAAACGGAGAUAUGCUUGUACUUCAUCAAAGGACACUGUAAACAUGAGGAGCGAUGUCUUAAAGCCCACGACAAGAUGCCGUACAGAUGGGAGGUCCGAGAGGAUGAUCAAUGGACCGCCUUACCUGAAAAUGAGGCGAUUGAGAAGGACUACUGUGACCCCAAAAACACAUACAGCAGCAGCAGCCCACCUGUGCAUUUUGACACGAUGUCCAGUGGAUCGAACAAAGUACGACGACUCUCUACCGAGAACUCUCUGCUCCAGCCAACAUUCAUCCACACCACUGAGUGGGUUUGGUACUGGGAGGAUGACUCUGAAGAGUGGAACAUGUACACUUCAUCUGCUGGUGGACGCAUUAAGAGCUCUGACCUGGAGCAGAAGUUUCUGAACAAUGACGAAGAUGUGGUGGAGUUCACCGCCGGUUUACCGUCAUACUCACUGAGUUUCCUGGACAUGUUACAAACAAACGAGGAAUAUGGCACUAAGAGGCUCGUGAGAAGACGGCCCCAGUUUGUCUCCGCAGCUGAUGUCGAAACAAGGAAAGGGAGAAGGCCUCUCGUUCAACCAAAUUUCGCUGCUAUACCUACUCACUGGGAUGCGACACAGACUCCUCAACCAGGAUACGGGCGAGUCUCCCUCCAGCGCUCCUCAGAAGAAUUUAAGGAGAUUGAAACUCUCUUCCUUGACUCGAUGAGAAGCUUUGACGUUGUCCAAAUAGAGAGGAUUCAGAACAAAGCUCUUUGGGAAGCCUUUGAGUUGCAGAGCAAACGGAUGAAGGACAACAACAACGGGCGCAGUGUGACAGAAAAAAAGCUUUUUCAUGGCACUAAGUCUGAGUUCGUAGAUGACAUCUGCAACAGCAACUUUGACUGGAAAUUAUAUGGAACUAAUGGAACCGCUUUUGGACCAAGUUACUUUGCCCGGGAUGCAAAAUACUGCCACAGCCACACCGGUGACACUGAUGCCAAAUCCAUGUUCGUCUCACGGGUGCUGGUGGGAGACUACACCACAGGGUCCCCCAAGUGCGGCCAUCCUCCUUCCAAAGACGGCGGGGACAUCACCUUCUAUGACAGCUGCGUAGACGACGUUAUUGAGCCUUCAAUCUUUGUUGUGUUUAAGAAGGACCAGAUCUACCCCGAGUACCUGCUGCAGUACAAGAUAACGCACCCACUUGCCUUAUUAGUUGCCAGGUCAGUACCGGCAUCGAGACCAGUACCGGCACCGAGACCAGUACCGGCACCAAGACCAGUACCGGCACCGAGACGAGCUCCCCAACGCAGCAUACCCUCAUCCCAACCAACCACACCCUCAUCCUAACCCACCACACCCUCAUCCCGACCCACCAUAUCCACGUACUACCAACCGGGCACAUCAGUUUCUGCACCCAACAGAACAGUUAAGCGACCCGCCCCUUCUGCUCUUCCUCCAUCACCAAGCCCUAGCCCAAAGAAAUCGCCUGAUUCCUGUGUCAUUGCUUAAGGACAAAGUUGAAGUGAGGUCAUAAUAAUGACAUUUGAAUGAGCUUGAUGGCACUUGUGCUGAAUGCUGUGGGCACUUUGGGGAAUAGAUUAAGGGUUUGACUUCAGUGUUUUCCAACCUGGACCCUAUUUCCCAAGGUUUUAUUUAAUUAUUAUAAUUUUUUCUUAGGUUGGAGUUCAGAAAGGAUAGCUUAGUGUUUUCUAAAAGAUGUUUAAUGUCAUGGCUGAUUUCGACAAUGUGGAUGUGACGUGAGAUUUCUGAGCGAGACUUGAUUAGACACAAUAACAAAUGAUAAAGAAUAUUGUAUUAUUUCUCUGUAGGGUCCUUUCCAUAAUGUUGUAAGACGCUUGUAAUAGCAAUCUGAGCUGUCAGGGGCAAAAACAAGCACUUUUAGUGACAAACAUUGACGGUGGGCAAUUGCCACAAGCGAUUACGUUACAGACCAUUUCUCUCAAGGUUGGACCAAUUUUAAAAGAAAUUGCCAUCCCAAUUAGACAGUUUGAUACCAAAACAUGUGAAAAUAGGGUCCAGGUUGAAAAAUACCAAAGUUACCCUUUAAUCACUAGUGUCACUUAAGACUGCUUAUGGAAGACCAUUUAACGCAAAAAUGGUUUAGUGCACGGAUCAAAACAGUGAAGUAGAAUAAUAACUGCCUGAGUGAACAGGAAAUAUUAAUGACAGCUGCCGAGUUCAUAGUAGCCGAGUUUUUAUCCGUAAUUUAACCUAACUUUAAAAUUUCCAGAAAAAGAACGUGAAUUAAAUGUGACAGUUGGUGGCGCUAAUUCUCUGCCAUUUAAGCAUUGUAGAAGAAGAUGCCGAAACAAGAUGACGUAAUUGCGCACCCGUCAAUCUUCCAAUGAAUGAAAACCACGACGAAAAGGUGAUGGAAAUAUGGCAUAUCUGUUGGUCACGUGUUUUUAUCUGCCACAAUUUUUUGUGUCUUUGAUGGAAGCUUAUCACAUGGCUGAUUCACUUUGUCUGUUUUAUUAAAGUGAGCUUAACAUAAAUAUAUGUGAAAUUUUAUACAUCACAUUGGCAUUUAAAAUGUCCGAUGGUUAUAAUACAAAUGUUAUAUUUAGUCAUAAUUACAGCAAGGAAUAGAGGGCUAACCAGUGUGUACUUAUUGAUCAGUUAAAACACCACUUGAAUGUUUUGUGUUGAUGUUUAAUUUGCUAAACAAUACAAUUCCACUACAACUACGUAUAUUGCUUUUUUUUCUUUCUUUUUUGCACAUUUUGCUAUGGGCAAGCUGCUGAUUUUGUGAAUUGAAUAAAUAAAUGUAAAAUUGUUGUCGACA